AUGGUGCGUGAUACGAAGAACAAGGAUCCCUUGGAAUAUCCCGAAGGAAUCAGACGGGAUUUUGUCGUCUCGAAAUCCAUGAAACGAAUAGCCAGAUCGUCCUUUCCCUCAUUAUUCUAUCUUCGAAUGUGCUUUCUGCUCUACGUCAUGCUUGUCAUCAUUCCUACUUUGAACUCGGCGGAAAUAAAUAAUCGCAACGAAAUGACGCACACGAAGAAGAAAUCUGACUCGAUUGGAAAUUGGAAAGAAUCGACCGUCUCUUCGCAGCAACGUGGAAAUAAUAAAGCAAAAUUAGAAAUACACAUUGACAUUCGAAAUCGCACCGCGAAUAAAUCCGCGACGAGGAGCAACGAGAGAAGUAGCGCGGCUCUGAAUAGAUUUCUGGAGGACGUUCUGAAGGCGCAGGAUGAUUUGAAGUGGAUGGAUCACGCUACGCGUUGUGUUAAUCGUAUGACUCGGCCAGAUGAUUCGCUGGCGUAUACAAACUGGCAUUCUACGGUAUCCGUCAACACAGAGGAUGUUCUAGAGCCGACUGAUAUCGAUUAUAGAAGUAGGUUACGCGGCAAGAGAGGCUUCGAUCGGAAUUAUGAAAGGAUGUGGAUGCUGCAGAAGAAGAAAUACGGAGAGAAAAGUACUCGCGACGUCCCUCAGAGAGUCUAUCUGGAUAACGACAUGACAUUUAAGAGAGAGGCCGAUGACGCUGAUUUCGACAUUCUCUAUCGAUAUCCUGGCACGUUAGACAGAAGUAUCUACGAAGGAGGAGCGAUAGCCGAUCAGCCACUGAAAGAUUGGACAAGGAAGAGGGAUCUUCAUUCCUCGGGCGACUGGUCGAAUUUUAAUGAGAAUCCCAAAGUGACUAACGACGAAGGAACAUGGCUUCGUGAUUACAACUCUGCUCGCGAAAUUCUUGCUAAUUCUGAUUCGAGCAAAGACGAAGAAAAGCUGCAUGUCGACAAUGACACGAGGAAUCAAUUAGAAAUCGCAUCGUUAAACGAUCCAAUACGUGCAGACGAUUUCAGGGUUUUGCGAAAAUCUCCAAUUAAAAACCAAAAAUCUCAAAAUACACCAUUGACGUUGGAGUCUUUGAAAAAGAUUGUGUUAGAUUUAAGAAACAAGUUGACACUAAGCAAUAAGAAAGAAAAUGUGCUUUCGAAAGAAUCUAGUUCGUGGAACCAUCCGAGAUCGACAGCCGAAAUAUUUGAUUUCAAGAGAGAUCUUGACGAACAUCCGUAUGGAGAGACGAUCUGGAGGAUUAAGAGAGCUAAAAAUGUAGGCAGUGAAGAGGAAAGUGACUCGAGUAUAUUUCAAGGAGCAAAGUUUCGGGAAUUAUAUCUUGGAGAACGAAAUUCGAAAGAAUUACACGAUCGCGCGAAACGUAAUAGAAGGAGCUUUAUCGCAGAUUUAAAUAAUCAGAGGGAUGUUCCAGAAACUAAAAGUCAUCGGAAAGCUGAGAUAAUUAAAGACGCUCUUGGAAAUGUAACCGAGAUGCAAAAAACCAAAGGAGUCGUACGAUUGUAUUCUGGUUAUCUUAAUAACGGAGGAAGUUUAAAAAGGACUUUAAAUAAGAUGAACAUUUCCGAUUCGCAGUCCUCCUUAGACAAAGGAUCUUUCUUAAACCGUUGUUUUAUUAAUUUAACGAUUACCUCAUCAUUAGUAGCUGACAAAGCGAAUAUUUCCGAAUCGAGAUAUCCUUCAAUUACGGAGCCUAAUUUAAACAAUUAUUCCAUCGACAACGCAUCGCAUUUGCCAGAACGUAUAGAUAAAGUUCCGGGAAUAAAUUGGAAGAAACUCGGUCAACAUUCUCAAACUGAGAAGAUACCAAAAAAUUUUGCUGUCUCGGACACAUUCGUGGCUCCGAUACAUUUUUCAACAGACAGCGGCGUCGAUCACCCUCGGAAGUUCGAAGUGGGAAACGGGAAGAGCGACUGGGUAAAAUUAUCGGCGUGGAAAAAAUCGCGACUCGGCACGGAUGACGGACAAUCGGGAGUGGGAUCUCCCGAGGGAAAUACGUCGCGCGGUUUUGACACGACGGCAAAUGAAUCGCGGCGAAUUCAGCGCGAGACAAUCCGAGAGAAGAGAGAAAGGUUCGAGAUGAGCGGGAAAACGCAAAGAAAAAACCGCGAGCUGAUCAGAGUCUUUGAGCCUCGGGGACGUUCGUAUCAGAUGCAGAAAGCAGAGGAACGAACGAGAACGAAUGACGACGAGUCGACGGAGGAUGCAAAUGCGAGGAAGGCCGACUUUUCGAUUGAUCUCGUUAUCGAUGCGCGAUCGGCGAAAGUCGCGAGAAACGCAAACGCGUCCGGGAUCGGCGAAUCGAUAAUAGCGAAAGAUCGAAUAGGCUUCGAGAAUUUAGCUUCGAUGACCGCCGGCGACGAUUUGCGGAAGCAGCAACAGAUGGUUCCGCCUGUAAGCGCGACGAACGGCGGCGCAAAUAAAUCGAAUGGAAAUUCGGAUGCCGCCGAAAUCGAUAUUCGUGUUGUCGGGUCAAACGGAAAUGAGACUAUGAAUGUAAAGGAGGGAACUGUGACGGUGAGGCCUCGCGAAUCCGAUAAUCAUUUACGGAGGAGAUUAUUGUGGAGCGACGCCGAGGCUGACGAUUCUACGAUAAAGAGGACCGGAUCGGUUCUUAAUUCCGCGAUCGACGAUCGUAUCGGGAACUUUCGGAACGAGGAUCGGCAGCAAAGUGAAAUGAUUAAUUCCGCGGAUUCCGGAAAAGUUUUAAUUAGAGUGAAACGCGACGAUAACUUUGAGGUGAGUUCUGAAACGUCGCGAAAUAAUUUUAAUCCUCGGACGUCGGACGCAAAUCAUCAGGCUCGUUACAAACGAUCUACAUAUUCCUUUGAGGAUCUUGAAUCCAAUAAUGCGGCGGAGGAUGUGGACGUCGCGAAAAACGAAGUGGCGGUAAAUCACGAUGAAAAACAAGGGAAUAAUGAAGAGUAUGAAAAUGUCGAAAGAGUUAAAGGGGAUUAUAAUGAUGGUGAAGAGGAUUUAAUGGAAGAUAAUGAUGGAGCAAUGGAAAGCGAAAGAGAAGGACGAGCUUUAUCGAGGCAACGGAUCGAUCCUGUGAAGGCCACAGUCGAUAUGUUAAUUAAAGAGAAGCUUGAAAGGAAGAACAAGAGCAAGGAUGCCGAUUAUACGAGAAAAAGACGCAGUAUGCUGGGCAUGAUUGAAUAUUACGAUUACGAUGAUAAUGACGAGGAGAACGAUGCAAUGAACGAGCAGGGAAUUCGGAAUAAAGACGAUCAACUCCCGAUCAAAGAUGACAGAUCGGAGAUAAAACGUGCUACGGAUAAAACGUAUACGCCAAGUAAUUUAGGAAAAAAGAAAAACGAGAACCUCGAGGCGAUGAUGAAGGAGAAACGCAAGAAGGCAAAACACAAAGAGCCAAAGGAACAAAUCGUCGUCGAUCUUGGCGAACAUAAGAGUAAGACUUCAAGAAAUAGUCAGCAAGAUAAGAAACUAUCCGAUACGUCGGAAUCAAAUUUCGAAAAUGCGUUCAGAAAAGGAAGAUUGUCGACUGAGGAAAACUCGGGAAAGCUUCAUCGAGGCGAAGGUUUUACAAAUAAUGUUUAUCGAGAAAAAUCGACAGAUUUGAAAUCGAAAUGGUUGGACCAAUCAUUUGAGAACAGAAUGGCAUUGCCGAAGAAUUCGGAACUGAUAUUAAAUGACAAUCAGAGAAAGAAAAUUAGUUCGAAUGAACCUUUGAAUAUCGUAUCUAAUGCACGUGCAGACGUAAAUCCUGAUGUUAUCGAAAAUAUCUUGUUAGAUAUUCAACCUAUCAAAUUUAUGACGCAAAACAGAGAACUGGAAGCCUGGACAGAUUUCUACGAAGACUUUGAAAACGAACGACCAGAAGACCAUUAUUAUUAUCAAGAGAAGGAUCGAAGACAUCCGAACAAUGUCGAGUCUCUAUACGAGGAAUUAAAGAACGUGUAUGAUUGGACUGAUGGCGAAUUAAAGAGCGGACCUCGUCUCAGGGGCGAUCAAAGACUACGCUAUGAAUCGGAUAAUAAACUUGACACAAAUCUCGCACAAUUACAGCCAACGAACGAUAGACUCUUUGGCUUUAGUCACGACAAUGAGCAAAGAAGCUUUCCAUCGACCGAUACAUCCUGGACGAAUUCGAAUAGUGCUGCAACGAGCAAUUAUGUCGCGCUUAAAGUCACAGCUGAUACAUUUAAAAAUGGCCUCGAAUCGAGUAAAUCUACGACGAAAAAUUCGCCAAAUAUAUUUUCCGUCAAUACUACUACAGAAUCAAAAGUAUCUAAAAUUGUAGAAGAUGAAAAUAACCCAUUCCCCGAAAAAAGUACGACAGGACGAUCAGAGGUCAAUCCAAAUUCCGGUUCUCUGUAUGAGAAUCGAAAGUACAUCGAGUCCGAGAUGCGUAAAGUACUGAAACGAAAUGUAAAUUCGCAAAAACAAGUGGCGAUCAAUUCGCAAGACUUGGUCGAGUCGUUUGUGGAAUCUUUGCAGGAUGAUUUCGACGAUAAUGUGAAAGUUAGGUUUGGCAGAGGACUAAAGGCUGUGGACGAAACAAUUUCCGACUCGAAUGAAACUCACGAUCAGGAUACGGCAAAUGCUAACAAUACAAAUUCCAAAUCUUACAAUUCCUCGCAAAUCUUUCAUGACAAUUCAUCGAUGUCGCAUAAUUGGUACAAUAAAACAUCCGCGGAUUUGAUCAAUUUAUUUGAUGUUCAUGACGAUGCAUCCGAGCGGAGAAUUGAAGCUAAAAAAAUUCAAGAACCGAUUUUGACAAAUACAAAUAAUAUUGUGGACAGCGACGAGGACUUGGAAGCUGCCGAACAAAAAUACGUAAAUAACGAAGCAGCGAGAAUCAGAAGAGCUGCUGCUUCGUAUCGCACGUUUUACGACGACGUAGACGAGAAUCUAGACGAUUCCGACGAGGCGGACAAAAGUCUGAGCGAUCGCUUUCAGCUUCCGAAUAUUCUCGGGGAUCAAUCCGACAGUGUAUACGACGAAUACGCGACCACAAAUUGGAAUGACGACGUACAAAACUUGGAGCGAUACUCGCAGACUCCUCGGAUCAAUUCGAGAAAGAAGGCGAAAUCUGGGAAAAAAAUGAAAACCCAGCAAUCUUCUUCGCAGAAGAAGAACGCAAGGAAGAACAGUUCACAUUCGUCUUCGAGUGGAAACAGAAGACAUCAGAAGACGCAUCGAUCCGACGUAUCGAGAAAUGCUAAUCGAGAUUUAAAGCCGAAGAAGAAGAGCAAAGCGUCUCCUUCGGCCGGAAAACGCGGCAGGAUCCAGAAGAGUAAGACGGCCGAGCAAAGUCUGCGUCGUGCGGAGGUGAAUGAGGAGUCAAAAGUGCCGAGUGAAAAAGUGCUUUACGAGAACGCGGAGGAUCGGAGUGUGAGUGAAAGGGCGAUCGGCGAUCGGCGCGUAGGAGUAGAUCGGGAUUAUAAGAGAGAAAAGAAUUAAAGAUGAUUUUUCAGACAGUGAAGCCGGAAAAGAGCGACGCACGAAGAAAGGAAAUUACGCUGCUCCUCGCAGCCGACAACGUCGACGACGAGUCGCAGAUGGACGUCGCUCUUCGCGGCGAGCUAGCUGGAAAAA